UUAAUAGACAGAAAGACCACAGGUAUUUUGAAACAGCGUUCAUGUACAGACUCACCCGGCUCCAACAACUAAAUUUAUAAACCGAGAGAUAAAACGUAUCCAAAUUUAGAAUGCAUUCAGUUAUUGCAACGAACGGCUGUAAUAGAUUGUAUAUAAAUACAUGUAGCUUUCAAUGACUGACUUAAAUGCUCAACUUGUAGAUUUCUUGACUUUAUCACCGCGUGCAUGUAACCUACCGCUUUAUAUAGCCUAACAAUUCAAUAACUUAUAGUCUUAUUUUAAUCCUUACAAUCUUCGCGAAUAGUUAAAGAAGCAGACAAGUCAUUGUCGUAAUUAUGACAUUACACGAAUGGUAUUGGUUGGAAGAAUCUCCAUUGAGGAUUAAUAUGCCUUGGGCGACGGGAACUUCGCCCGUCUCCGCUGGCGAUGACAAUAAUAAUUGGUUAAUAAUUGGUAAGACAAUUAUAGUAGCCAAUGUCUGUGUGACUAAGGGGUUUUCCUCAGCCCACGUUUCGUUAGUGGCGCUACAGGGCGAUCCAAGCGAAAUUAGUGGAUGCUACUUAUGAGGUUCCUCUCACUCCAACCUCAGUUCCCUUUCCAAGGAGAGACGAGUUACAGUAAACAGAGCUGUAAGCAGAUUUGAGCCGCUGGAUUUAGUGCUUUGCCUUUACAGCUUCGCUGUUCAUUAAUAGCGCACUGCAGGUUAAAGCAUGCUGUACCUCCGCUUGUAGGUAAAGACUUUUUAUUUUUAAUUUGUGGCUACAGGAGAUUUAUAUGCUCCAUUCAUUCUAACAGAAAUAUUUCUAGAACCUUAAUGAUUUUUUUCUUGCGAUCACACGAAAAGGGAAAUCAAGUACCAACUAGAAGUUUUGGAAUAACUGUUCGGAGGGAAGCUGGUAGGGAUGGGAUUGAGCUCUGUCCCCGCUGACGGUGCUGAAUGUUCAACUAAAACACAGAUACAGAAUCAGUCGUCUUAAGAAAACUCGUCGAUGACCAGCACUUGGGGGGUUUCUGGAAAAUAUGCCUAGAUGAAAACUCGUCGCAAGGGAUCCGCUUUCGCUCGGAGCGGGGACUGGACCUCCGACCGGCGCGAAGGCGGCCGUUUGCAGACAUGCACCGAAACCUCUCCGCUUUCAACAGCACCGCGCAGCAGGCGGACCCAGGCUAUAAUCUUCCCGCUCUGGUCUUUGGGACAUUGCUCAUCGUCGUGAUCAUUUGCGGGAACCUGCUCGUGUGCCUUAGUGUAUAUACGGAAAAAGCUUUAAAAACAACAACAAACUACUUCAUAGUCAGUUUGGCCGUUGCCGACUUACUGUUGGCAAUACUGGUUUUGCCACUCUAUGUAUAUGCGGAGUUCCAGGGUGGCGUCUGGGCCUUGAACAUGGUGAUUUGCGACGGACUGAUGACGAUGGAUGUGAUGUUGUGCACAGCCUCCAUAUUCAACUUAUGUGCUAUCAGUGUUGACAGGUUCAUCGCGGUAUCUGUUCCUCUCGCCUACAACCGUAAGCACAUCGACCAGAGGCAGGUCAUCCUGCUCUCGGCCACCUGGAUACUGGCCCUGGCGGUGGCUUCCCCCGUCAUCUUCGGCAUCAAUAACGUGCCACACCGGGAUGCCUCCAGGUGCCAGCUGGAGGACAACAACUAUGUGGUGUACUCCUCCGUUUGCUCCUUCUUCAUCCCCUGCCCCAUCAUGCUGCUGCUGUACUGCGGAAUGUUCCGGGGCCUUCGGCGCUGGGAGGAAGCACGCAAGGCCAAGCUGCGGAACAGCAUCCUGGCCUGCCGCAAACUGCAGCAGGCGGCCACUGCCGCCUUGCCCCCCCUGGCGGCUCUGCCUCCGCCGAUGCCCCCCGUCAUUGAACGCGAGCUGGCGGACGCCAAGGCUGAGGACGGGGAGUGUUACUCGCAGCCGGGGUCCCCGUUCCCCGCAGGGUACAAGAGCACGACAGUCCAGACAGUGGCCUUCCCGGACUCUGUGUACGCGCAAGCCCCUCCCAAAAAGACGAGGGCUAAGAUCAACUGUAGGGAGAGGAAGGCCAUGAAGGUCCUUCCUGUUGUAGUAGGUGCCUUCCUCUUCUGCUGGACACCAUUCUUCGUCGUUCACACCAUGCGAGCUCUUUGUGAGUCAUGUGACAUCUCUCCCCACCUGAUGAGCAUCGUCACCUGGUUGGGCUACGUCAACAGCGCCAUCAACCCUGUCAUUUACACGGUUUUCAACACGGAGUUCAGGAAGUUCUUCCGUAAAUUCAUUCCUAGCUGCUGCUAACCACAGCUGGAUGGGAAAAGCACAACAAAAACACACUGUAUUACUUAUCUAUACUGUACAAACAGUCGCUAAAAUUCUCUUAUAUUUUUAUUGUUAUUUUGUACUUCUUGAAAUAAUCAUGCAUUACUGUAUGGAUAUCGUUUUUUU